GCGUGACAGAGGUGGCCUCGGCGUCCCAGCCCACAGCGCGCCAUUCCUCGCUGAGGACCACCGCUGAACCAGGGUGCCGCCAGGCCUGGACGUGUCCGUGCCACAGCCCCUUGCUGUCUCAAGGAGACCCCACACAGGGCAGAGCUGGGAGCCCCAGGACGCUGGCCUAGCACCUGUUGGAGGGAAGCUUUCGGUGGUUCCCAUCGGCCUGCAGAAGGUUCUGGAAGAGCUGGUGGCCGUCCCCAAGGGUGUCCAUGGGCCACAGCAGGGGCUGCCCGGAGAGGCCAGGCCCGCCAUGCUGCAGUGCAGGCCGGCCCAGGAGUUCAGCUUCGGCCCACGGGCUCUGAAGGAGGCACUGGUGUCCACUGACCCCACCCUGCAGCAGCGCUACGUGGCCACCUUCACCCCUGCGGAGAGGCUCUUCCUGGCCGAGGCCUACAACCCCCAGAGGACGCUCUUCUGCUCCCUGCUCAUCCGCUCCGCCUUCGACUGGCUCCUCAGCCGCCCUGAGGCCCCCGAGGACUUCCAGACCUUCCAUGCCUCCCUGCCGUCCCGGAGGCCGGGCCUGGCCCGCAAGCACAUCUACUUACAGCCCAUAGAUCUGAGCGAGGGUCCGGCGGGCAGCGGUUUGCUGGAGCACCUGAGGAACUGCACGGAGGCCUUCUUCCUGGGCUUGCAGGUCCGCUGCCUGCCCUCGGUGGCGGCCGCGUCCAUUCACUGCUGCUCACGUCCCAGCCAGGACUCGGACAGGCUCCAGCUGCACACAGACGGCAUCCUGUCUUUCCUGAAGAACAGCAAGCCGGGGGACGCCCUGUGCGUGCUGGGCCUCACACUGUCCGACCUGUACCCUUGCGAGGCCUGGAGCUUCACCUUCGGCAAGUUCCUUCCAGGCCACGAGGUAGGCGUCUGCAGCUUUGCCCGGUUCUCGGGGGAUCUCUUGCCAUCGGGACCCAGCGCCUCUGAUCCAGCCUUGGUGGAGGUGGCCACAGAUGACCCUGUGACUCCCGGGCAGGACGGAGGCCCAACUGUGUGCUUCAGUGCCCUGGGGAUGGUCCAGUGCUGCAAGGUCACAUGUCACGAGCUCUGCCAUCUCCUGGGGCUGGGGAACUGCCGCUGGCUGCACUGCCUCAUGCAGGGGGCGCUCAGCCUGGACGAGGCCCUGCGGCGGCCCCUGGACCUCUGUCCCAUCUGUCUGCGGAAGCUGCAGCACGUCCUCGGCUUCAAGCUCGUCGACAGGUACAAGAGACUUUACGCCUGGACUCAGGCGGGGACGCGGACUCGAACCAGCCAGGCUGCGGGGGCGGCGUCUGCGGCGGACACCCUGCCCGGCAGCACAGACUCGGGUCUGAGCUGCGGGAGCGCGUCGGAGCCGGGCAGCAGCCUGUCGGAGCCCCUAACCCCUGACGCGGGGAGCCACAGCUUCUCUGUGGGGCCGGAGCUGGAGCACGAGGAGGGGCUGGGCUCGCUGGCCAUCCCUGAGAGCCCGCCGCAGCUCGGACCCCCGUGCGAGGCCAUCGAGGAGCACGGGCAGUGGCUGGCGCUGUGCAUCCAGGCCCUGGAGCGGGAGGUGACAGAGGAAGAGCUGGCACAGGUGGACGGGGCUGUGGAUGCCUUGGCCGGGUGGGGGAUGUUCACGGGGCAGCUCCCCGCACCCCGGCCCGGCCUGCCCUGCAGUCGCGACGGCCCGGGGCUGCGCAGGGUCCUGGGGGGCACGCUCUCCUCCCUGCGGAGGAAGCUGAGCACGCGCAGACUGGCCAGGGCGGGGUCGUCCCCCUGUCGCUGGAGAGCGGAGGAGAAUUAA